AUGAGCGGUACACCGAAGACUUUAUAUGACAAGGUGUUUGAGGACCACGUAGUCCACAAUGAUGAGUCAGGAUCAUGCUUGUUAUAUAUUGACAGGCAUUUGGUACAUGAAGUGACUUCGCCGCAAGCAUUCGAAGGUUUAAAAAAUGCUGACAGAAAGGUGCGGAGAACAGACUGUACUUUAGCUACAGUAGAUCACAACAUUCCUACCGUAUCUAGAGCCAACUUUAAAGAUAUUGAUUCGUUCAUCGAACAAGAAGAUUCGAAAUCUCAGGUGAAGACAUUAGAACAAAAUGUAAAAGAUUUUGGAAUAACAUAUUUUGGUAUGACUGAUAGCCGACAAGGUAUUGUGCAUAUUGUUGGACCUGAACAAGGAUUUACCUUACCUGGAAGUACUGUUGUUUGUGGUGACUCUCAUACCUCCACACAUGGAGCUUUUGGAGCGUUAGCUUUUGGUAUUGGAACUUCGGAGGUUGAACAUGUCUUAGCUACUCAAACUGUUAUACAAGCCAAAUCAAAAAAUAUGAGGGUGCUUAUAGAUGGCGAUUUAGCUCCCGGUAUUACAUCUAAGGAUCUUAUUUUACACACCAUCGGUGUUAUAGGGACUGCUGGUGGUACUGGUUGCGUUAUUGAAUUUGCUGGUAAAGCCAUAGAGAACUUAUCUAUGGAAGCUAGGAUGUCUAUUUGCAAUAUGUCAAUUGAGGCUGGAGCUCGUGCAGGUAUGAUCAAGCCGGAUGAGACGACUUUCAAAUAUUUGAAAGGAAGACCUUUGGCUCCAAAGGGUUCGCAGUGGGAUAAAGCUAUUGCAUAUUGGAAGACCUUACACUCAGAUGAAGGUGCUCAUUUUGAUAUCGAUGUCAAAAUUGAUGCGGCUGACAUUGCACCAACUAUAACUUGGGGAAAUUCUCCACAAGAUGCAUUGCCAAUCACUGCUUCAGUUCCAGAUCCUGCAAAGGUCUCAGAUCCUGAGAGAAAAUCUGGAAUUGAAAGAGCCUUGAAAUAUCAAGGAUUGUCGCCAAACACACCCCUUGAGGAUAUAAAAAUUGAUAAAGCAUUUAUUGGAUCUUGUACGAAUUCUCGUAUUGAGGAUUUAAGGGCUGCUGCGAAGGUCGCCAAGGGUCAUAAGAAGGCUGAUAAUGUUAAACUUGUCUUAGUCGUUCCAGGUUCAGGUUUAAUUAAGCAGCAGGCUGAGAAAGAGGGUUUAGACAAAAUAUUUGAAAGUGCAGGUUUCUCUUGGAGAGAAGCUGGUUGUUCAAUGUGUUUAGGUAUGAAUCCAGAUAUUUUGGAUCCAGAAGAAAGGUGUGCCUCGACUUCAAAUAGGAAUUUUGAGGGUCGUCAAGGGGCUCUCUCGAGGACUCAUUUAAUGUCCCCUGCUAUGGCUGCCGCUGCUGCCAUUAAGGGACAUUUCACUGAUAUUCGUGAAUAUGAUUAUGACAAUUCUGAUGAACCUGCUGUUACCAUUGGAUCUGAGCUCGAGGACAAAGCUCUUCAGGAUGCUGUUUAUGAACACGAAAAAGAGCCAGUCGAAGAAACCGCAGCAGAAGAGUUAGACAGAUUAUAUGAUAUUCCUAAUGAUGAGCCCGAAGCCAAAAAGACAAAGAUUGACACGGCCGAUUCUUCCGCUUUAGAUGCUUUGACGGUUGUUACUUCUAUUGCUGCACCAUUGGAUAAAGCUAAUGUUGAUACUGAUGCAAUUAUUCCAAAACAAUUUUUGAAGACGAUUAAACGUACGGGUUUAAAGAAGGGACUUUUUUAUGAAUGGAGGUUUAAGAAAGAUGCAAAGACCCAUAAAGAUGUUGAAACAGAUUUCGUUUUGAACGUUGAACCAUACAAUAAGUCACAAAUCUUGGUCGUCAGUGGUAAUAACUUUGGAUGUGGCUCUUCUAGAGAACAUGCUCCUUGGGCUUUGAAGGAUUUUGGGAUUAAAUGUAUGAUUGCUCCAUCAUUCGGUGAUAUUUUCUAUAAUAAUUCUUUCAAAAACUUUUUGCUCCCCAUAAGACUUCCUCAAGAGAUUAUAAAAGAGAAACUUUAUCCUCUUGCUGUAAGCGCCAUUCCAAUGACUGUCGACUUACCCAAUCAGCAGAUCAAGAAUGCUCAAACCGGUGAAGUCAUUAUCGACCAUUUUGAAAUUGAAGAAUUCAGAAAACACUGUUUAGUAAAUGGUUUUGAUGAUAUUGGUUUGACAUUGCAAAAGGAAGAAUAUAUCAAAAAGUAUGAAGCUAUCAGAAGGGAUAAGUUUUCAUUUAUGGAAGGUGGGUCAAAAUUAAUAAAGCCUAUUAAAGGAUCAAAGAAAUCAGUCUUCGGAGUCAAAGCUCAGGAAUGGUAA